AUGGGGAGAAACGGUAGGAAAAACCGAAGGAAAAAUCUACAAGCCGCGUAUCUUCAAACACCAUUCUCCGAUAAUGAAAGUGAAGCCUCCCUACAGCUAGAAAGGCUUGAGACAGAACCAAGACGGUCUCGUAGCCCAACGCGGACAUCCAAUCACUCGCGAAGGUCUCGCAGUCCAAUGCGGCCAUCCACAUCCUCGCGACGUUCUCAUAGCCCAACUCGGGCACAUAAAGCCCAAAAAACGCGCAGUCCAACCCAGGAACCACAGGAAAUUGCAGUAGGGGAGGAAUUUGCAGAUGGAGCAUUGGACAUGGAUAGUUCCGAAGAUACCGACUCGGAAUCCGAAAAACCUCCACUCCAGGAUAGGCUUCCAACCAAUAGUCAUGCGAUUCGCAUGACCCAAGAAGCAGUGGCAGCUUCACCUAAUGUUAUUCAAGAAUUUGUCCGCCAUAGGAAGCACAAGGUUCUAAGGAAAUUCUUCAAUCGUCUCAACGCUCGAAUUCGUAAAGAGAACAGCAAGGUCGACUUGAAUGAUAUCAAUUUAGGCACCAUUCCACACGCCAAUUAUGAAGGAAUACUUCAAGGCUACACAGGCACAUUCGAGAACUUUGUCGGCAACACAAACCACGAAGAGGCGUGGAACCGGUUUAAUGAGACUUAUAAGCUUAUUGCAGCUUUAAAUAUGAGGCAUUGGAUUCGAUCUGAUUGGAACCUCGAUGAGUCUUGGGCGGAAGAAAGAAUCAGCCUGCCUAAUCCACACCCGAUCAAAGACCACUCGCCUCUAAUCUCAGAAGAAGAGAAAGCGAAGGAUGUGGACAAGCUAUUACCAAGUAUAGAGACGGAUGCAGAUCAUAUUUCUGUCGAAGAACUUGACGCUCUUGAAUCUAGGACGUGGGAUGAACAGCGGAAAAUGUCUUCCGGGACGGUUCUCUACUGGUGGCCUAAAGGCUCAGGAUCACAGACCUUCGUUAUAUACGGGAGCGUGGCUGCACCUAUCUUUCGAAUCCGGGCAGGCUCUUAUGAGAGUUAUAACCCGAGAAAAGUAGAGCGGGUGUUGAUCUCUAAAACCCGUGGUACUGCCAAGGAGGUAGAAGAAGAUGACGAUGGAGUUCUUGACGAGCACUGGAAGUAUAAUAGGAGAGAUGUUGCUGGUAUUCUCGGAAUUGGAUGGAAGAUAGAGGAUGAUGAUGAAGACGGGAUCAACCCAUUAUCACUGCUCCAACCAAUCAAAGGCGCUUUAUAUCCGCAAACCCGAGCUCUUGUGAAAUGGAGAGAUGGGACUCGCACUGUCGAAGGAAGAUCAUUUAUCAGGCGAAUCACCAUGGGAUCAAGUCUGGAUGGUGACAAAACGAUUUAUCAGAAAGCGAUAGAAAUGGAGAAAGCCUAUCGAGAGAAUCAAGGGUUGGAACAUUAUGAAGAUGAUUCGGCAAGUGAGGAGGAACCUAGGGCUUCAGAGAAGCCACGUCAAUACAAUGCGGGAGUUCUACGCAGCCAUGUUCGAUUUCGGGAUAUUAGUCCCGGCGAAAGUUCUGAUGAAGGCGACUAUGCACGUGAACCGUACUCCCAUCGUCACUCGACCAGAGAAGGCUCGGCUCGCUCCCGUCGUCAAUCGACCAGGGAAAGUUCUAAUGAACGUGAUUCGGCUCAUUCCCGUCGUCACUCGACCAGAGAAGGUUCGGCUCGCUCCCGUCGUCAAUCGACCAGGGAAGUUUGA